UCCUUUUUUAAUUGAGGACAAUUGUGACAUAUAAAACAAAACACAUCUGAGCACGUGAUUCAUUUAUAACUAGGCUUGUAGUUUUAUUUAGUAAAUUCAGUGACAUUUCUUUAGUUGCUUUUUCUUUCUUCUUUAGUCGAAAUUGUUUUUAUUGUGACAUCUCCUUGUUUAGUUUGAGUGAAAAUGCGGGUCUGUAAUUUGAUUCUUGUAUGUACUGGCUUGCCCUUUAAUAUAUGCUUGCACCAACAUGCAUGCAUUGUUUUUUUGCUGUCCUAUUGCAAAUGGCCAGUCUGUGCUCAACUGCAGAACAAACUUCCCUCCACUUUACAGCCCUCCCUCCAGUUUGUCCAUGGGAGACCACAUUUAAAAUGUAACCCCACCUGAAACCUUGCACAGACCAAUCCGCUAGAGAAAUGUCAGAGCAGACGACACACCCUCCUUUGUUCAAAACCAAUCAGAGUGGAACUGUGGCAUUUUGCCCGAGGGGAAAACUUACCCCUGGAUGCGUUAAUUACGCAUCACUUAGCUGUUGCCAAUGUGUUCACAACGGUGGACCCUCUUUUGGGCUUUUUACAACGACUGUCUUCAUUUUUCGGUCAAUCUAGUAUGGAAAGUAGACAACAAUGGCUUACCAGGCUGAAAAAUGAACUUAGCAACAGUCCUCUGGUAUCAAAUGUGGCGUUUGGCUUUAUCCUCAUGGGACUAGAGAAGCUGGUGGAGCUGGAGUUUGAGUGUCCUUGCAACCCUACAUGGAACGGAGUGUUUUCAUCAGCCUUCUUCAUCAUUCCUGCCGUCAUGGCCUUCACCUUGAUGCUGAUCAUUCAAGGAUGCAGAUGUGAUACGUGGUGCAGGAAAAGUGUUUCCCUCUCCAGUUUUGUCCCUGCUAUCGUGUGGCUGAUUUUGUUGUUCCUCGAUGGCCAAUACUUUGCUUGUGCUAUGACAGACUGGGAGGGUAGAUUUGUACUAGUUGACAAGGCAGCUCCGCAGAAGUGGUGUGAGCCAAUUAGUGAGGGAGAUGUCACCCCACAAGAACUAAUGCUCCGCUCACAGCAGCUGUUUGUUUUUUCUCAGGUUAUAGGCAUAGUCCUCCUCAUUUUCAUCUGUAUGGGUCUCAUAGUGUAUGUAAUCAGAGAAAGCUGCCAACAAGAGGUGGAGAUGCAGGAUGCAGAUGUAGCCGAGCUCACUGUCCUCAGGAUGAGCUCUCUACGGACCAGGACAUCAUGAGAAGACUUACACCGCCCACCACACCUGCCCUGCUGGCAUGGACACUUUGUAAAUACCUUGAACAGACUUUACUAAGAGUUUUCAUAACUAUUGUCAGUAAGUGCCGUUUGAAAGUAUUUUCCCCAAUACAAACUGGACAUAA